AUGGAGGAACUGCAGGAGGCACCCUUGGCGUUUAUGGGCGCUAGCAAAGACGAGGACCUCAUAGCGGCGACGUCUCGUUUGGUGUACAAGACCGAUGACAAUCAGCUGAUGAACAUAGAAGUAUUCGGUGGAGUUCGGGCCAGCAGCAAGACCUUGCUGAUUUUUAUUCCUGGGAUUUGCGAAUCUGCCGAAACUUUGGCCGUUCAAUCUAUUGUCGCCGCUGCUACAGAAAUCACAGUGGCAGUUCUGGAGCUCCCAGGUCAUGGACUCUCCUCGGGAACACGUGGCGUGGUACGAGAGUUUGAGCAUCUUCUGGCCUCAGUGAUAGGCGCCAUUGAAUUCACCAUCGAGCAGUUGAAUCCAGAUCACACCUUUCUCACCGGGAGUUCUUUGGGUGGGGUUCUGGCUAUUUACGUGGCGUCUCGGGUCGAUGAUUUCGUUGGCAUUGCGCCUAUUGCUCCUGCAAUGGGUGUUGCUCCUCAGGCAGUUCCUCAUUGGACUCUAGUGUCUGGCUUGCAAGCAUUGGCAUGUAUAGGUCCAACAUGGCAGAUUCCAAGUGUGACUCCUUAUGAAGAUGCCAGCCAUUACAAUUGUCCUUCUAGCACGCAACGCAACUUUACUGGCUAUUGGCCACUGGCAACCUGCAAGAUGCUGCUGGAUUUGACAUCCCAACGAGUGCCCAAUGAUAUUGCCACACCCGGGAGACUAGCUUUGAAAAUGACACCCAAUGUAUUGGUCAUUGCUGGGAAACGAGAUUAUGUGGUGCCCCUCAGUUGUAUCCAAGACUUUUAUCAACAGCAGCUCCAAUUCCUUGGCGGUAAAAUAUCAGAGCAACAAGGAAAAUCACUGCGCAAUGGCAUCCACGAGAAGGAGCUAUGCAGCAGGAUUCAAGAGGGAUCUAGUCAAGGCGUUCUUCCAAGGAGUGGCAGAUCAGAAAAGGCAAAGAUGGCUAAGACAACACGGGAAGCGUUUGCUUUGAGGCAUGGGGUCAAGAACACGGUGUUUGGACGUUGGAUUUCAGAGUGCAAACAGGGAAAGUUUGAUGUCGUUGACCGGUCAAGGCGACGACUUCCAGGAACGACAAAGAGUGGGCGUUCCGAGGUGCCUGCGGGCGUGGAAAUGCAACAGUUCAAAACCGGCAAAACACUGGGCAAGGUUGUGGCAGUUGCUGGACUCCCGGCGACGACGCCACGAGCUGGUGAGCUUUCUUUAGAUGACAAGAACUGCUAUAACCUUGAGACUCCUCUAGGAGAUCCAACUCUCGAAGGACAGGAAUCUGGAAGUGAGUGCGCACAAGGAGACACUGUGACAGUUGAAGGGUGGCCCGAGAUUGUCUCGCCUCUGACUGUGAUUAGGACUGACACGUCGCCUACUGAGAAUCUCACUUCGAACCUAGUUGACGAGAACCUCCUGCAGCAACCAAUCAUGGAUAUAGUUGAUCAUGACAUUCGUGAGUUUGUCGUAGGUGGAUGGCCCAAGAUGACUGAGAGGCUUAGUAUCUCCCCCUGCCACACUGAUGACGCAGAGGAGAUAAACAAGUAUCUUCAUGGCGACAAAGAUGUCAUGGAGAAAGUGUGUGCCGGCAAAACGCGCACAUUCCAAGAAACUCAUUGGCGCAUCAAAAGGUUUCAGAGACAGUGGGAAGAGGGCUGCCACUUUACAGUUUUUACUGUCCGGGAGCUGAAAUCAAACUGUCUCGUGGGCAUUGCAGUACUCGAGCCAUGUGGCAAGGACAACAGCGCAGAAGUUUCUGGAUUGGUGAGAAAGGAAAGCUGGGAUAAGUGA